GGGAUCAGAGGAGUAGAAGCAUAUUUGGCUUGUGUUCCUGCGCUCACAGAACACGCAGCUUGUCUUGGGAAAAGGUGGAUUCAAUGGUAUCUUUUGUGCAUUUUGUUUGGAUUUCACUUUGAUUUCAAUCUUUCGGCGGACAUGUCAACAUCACCUGGACAGAAACCUGCACUUAAGACCGCGGGGUCCGCGCAGAGCAGAUUCCAGGUGGAUGUAGUCACGGAAGAAUCCGCCACAGAUGCAGAGAGAACGGCAACGGCGGCAGGGACAGAUGGAUCUACGGGGCCUGCUGGGGGCAAGGUACCGGCCGGGGCAGAAGAGGCCAAAGGACGGUUCCGGGUGGUAAACUUCUUGGACCCAGGUGGACUAGGCGGCGCGAUGGACACGUCUGACAUGAUUCAGAACAGUGACACUGUCAGGAGCGAGAGCAGCAUGCACUCAUCCACGGGAGGCCACACUCAUACCUCAGACACCCACUCCAACACCUACUACAUGAGGACGUUUGGCCACAACACCAUCGACGCCAUCCCCAACAUCGACUUCUACCGUCAGACCGCUGCGCCUCUGGGAGACAAGCUCAUCCGGCCCACGCUGUCGGAGCUGCACGAUGAACUCGACAAGGAGCCGUUCGAGGAGAGCCAGACGGGUGUGGAGGAGGCAGCAGCAGCGGAGGUGGCAGCAGCCAAGGAGGCCAAGGAGGCCAAGGGGGGGACCAUCAAGUUCGGCUGGGUCAAAGGGGUUCUGGUACGUUGCAUGUUGAACAUAUGGGGAGUGAUGCUUUUUAUCCGGAUGUCCUGGAUCGUUGGUCAGGCUGGAAUCGGUCUCACAUGUGCCAUCAUCCUCAUGGCAACGGUAGUCACCACCAUCACCGGCCUCUCCACCUCUGCCAUAGCAACCAACGGCUUCGUGAGAGGAGGGGGGGCGUACUACCUGAUCUCCAGGAGUCUGGGGCCAGAGUUCGGAGGCUCGAUCGGCCUGAUCUUCUCCUUCGCCAACGCUGUGGCCGUGGCCAUGUACGUGGUCGGCUUUGCUGAGACAGUCGUGGAGAUGCUGAAUGAUAUCGACGCCUUGAUGACGGACGAGCUGAACGACAUCCGUAUCGUGGGCACGCUGACCGUCAUCUUGCUGCUGGGCAUCUCCGUGGCGGGGAUGGAGUGGGAGGCCAAGGCUCAGAUUGUUCUCCUGGUCAUCCUGCUGGGUGCCAUUGCCAACUACUUCAUAGGAACCUGCAUCCCAAUGGAGGAAAAGGAGCCCAAGGGCUUCUUCGGUUACAAAGCUGCCAUCAUGAUGGAGAACAUGGGUCCAGAUUUCCGUGACGAUGAGACCUUCUUCUCUGUGUUCGCCAUAUUUUUCCCCGCGGCCACGGGCAUCCUGGCGGGAGCCAACAUCUCUGGAGACCUCACGGAUCCCCAGUCGGCCAUCCCCAAAGGCACUCUCCUGGCCAUCCUCAUCACAGGCUUGACCUACCUGGCGGUCACCGUCUCUACAGGCUCCUGCAUCGUUAGGGAUGCCACCGGUGACCAUAACGACACCAUGGUGAUGGUGAGUAGCGAGAACUGCACGGACGCCGCGUGCACGCUGGGAUACGACUUCUCCAUCUGCAAGGAGGGCGGCUGCAAGUUCGGCCUGCAGAACGACUUCCAGGUGAUGAGUCUAGUGUCUGGGUUUGGACCACUGAUCACAGCAGGGAUCUUUUCAGCCACGCUGUCCUCGGCUCUCGCCUCUCUUGUCAGCGCACCUAAAGUCUUCCAGGCCUUGUGUAAGGACAACAUCUAUCCGGGUCUCGGCGUGUUCGCUAAGGGUUACGGGAAGAACAACGAACCCCUGAGAGGCUACGUCCUCACCUUCUGCAUCGGCCUUGCCUUCAUCCUCAUUGCUGAGCUGAACAUCAUCGCGCCCAUCAUCUCCAACUUCUUCCUGGCCUCCUACGCUCUCAUCAACUUCUCUGUGUUUCAUGCCUCAUUGGCCAACUCCCCUGGGUGGCGUCCCAGCUUCAAGUACUUCAACAAGUGGGUGUCGCUGGCGGGCGCUGUGUUGUGCUGUGGCGUCAUGUUCGUGAUCAACUGGUGGGCGGCCCUGGUCACCAACGUCAUCGUCCUGGCUCUUUACGUCUACGUCAGCUACAAGAAGCCCGAUGUGAACUGGGGUUCGUCAACCCAAGCUCUGAUCUACAACCAGGCCCUGACUCACUGUCUGCACCUCACUGGAGUGGAGGACCACGUCAAGAAUUUCAGGCCCCAGUGUCUGGUGAUGACGGGCUACCCCAACGCCCGGCCCGCCAUGCUCCACCUCGUUCACGCCUUCACCAAGAACUUCGGCCUCAUGAUCUGCGGUCACGUCCGAACGGCUUCCCGUAGGCCGAACUUCAAAGAGAUGUCGCACGACCAUGCUCGCUACCAGCGCUGGCUUCUGAAGAAGAACAUCAAAGCCUUCUAUACACCUGUGUUCGCUGAAAGCCUCAGGCAUGGAGCACAGUACCUUCUACAGGCUACAGGCCUGGGCCGUCUGAAGCCCAACACGCUGGUCCUGGGCUUCAAGAACAACUGGAGCGAAGGGGAGAUGAGGGACGUGGAGAUGUACAUCAACACCAUACAUGAUGCGUUUGACCUUCAGUACGGUGUGGUCCUCAUCCGACUGCAGGAGGGGCUGGACAUCUCUCACAUCCCGGGUCAGGACGAUCUCCUGUCCUCCAAUGAGAAGCCCCCGCUGGGGACGAAGGAUGUGGUGUUGUCGGUCACUAUGGAGAAGGACUCUGACAUAGACUCUUUCCCAUCCAAGACCGCUGGCACCCAGAUCUGGCCGCUCAUUCUUCUAGAGACAAAGAGCAGCCCCUCUCCCCUGAGUCUGAAAGACCAGCGACUCCUAGAGUCCAGCGGGCAGUUCAAGAAGAAACAAAGCAAAGGAACCAUUGACGUCUGGUGGCUGUUUGACGACGGAGGUCUGACACUGCUCAUUCCAUACCUGUUGACCAAUAAGAAGAAGUGGAAGGACUGUAAGAUUCGCCUGUUCAUUGGUGGGAAGAUCAACCGCAUCGAUCGUGAUCGCAGAGCAAUGGCCGCUCUUCUAACCAAGUUUAGGAUCGACUUCUCUGACAUAAACGUGUUGGGAGACAUCAACACUAAGCCCAAAAAACACAAUGUGCUGAGCUUCGGGGAGAUGGUGGAUCCAUUCAGGCUGAGAGAGGAGGACAUGGAGCAGGAGGCAGCAGAGAGACUAAAGGCCCAGGAGCCCUGGAGGAUCACCGACAACGAGCUGGAACUAUACAAGGCCAAGACUAACAGACAGAUACGACUGAAUGAACUGCUCAAGGAGUAUUCCAGCACAGCUAAACUCAUUGUUAUGAGUAUGCCGUUGGCCAGGAAGGGUACUGUGUCCAGCGCUUUGUACAUGUGCUGGCUAGAGACCCUGUCUAAAGACCUGCCUCCUCUCCUCCUCGUUCGAGGCAACCACCAGAGCGUCCUCACCUUCUACUCGUAACACACCUGGUGUCUCUCACACACACACACGCAAACCUUCCCACAAGGAACAUCGCUUAAAGGCUAGGGAGGUGCUGAUUGGAUGGGACCAAACUCAGCUGUGAAACGAACACAUUAAAUUCUGACGUGUAUUUCUUAAAUUUUAUCCAGUACUAAUGUUUCAAUGAAGAACUGUACCAUUUGGGACUUUAUGUAACAUUACACUUGAACUGUUUUUUUUUUAAUCCAAGGGGCUAACUUUACAGAAUAAUCUUCUUUCUCGGGGCUUUAAGGACAGUGUUUCAUGCUGUGUAAUGUUGUAAAUGUGUCCAAUGUGUACAACAGAACUACACAUCAAUAAUUGCAUGCUGUGAGGUAAGUUUGAAUGUAUGUUUAUUAACAAGGCAAUAAAAUGGCUGCCUGCACUGAUAAUUGUAAUAAAUCUAUUGGAUGACAAGUGCUUUAUCAGUAGCCUGAUGGCCUCUGCCAGAAUGAAUCUAGAGCGUGCUUGAAAUACACUUGAUAUUAACAAGCUUCUACAUAUCGUGAUAUUUUUUCUAUAUUUUAGUAAUUUAUUAAUGUUUUUCUUUUAGAAUGGAAAAUGUUUGAAUAUGUUUCUGUUGUCUUUAAAUGGUACAUGGAAAAGCAUUUACUGUAUUCUACUUUAACCUUAUUUUGUACAUUGUGAAAUUAAACUUGUGAAAAUAAACCUCAUAUUUGAGAUG